CUCUCAGAGUUUGUGUACAAGUGCCCUACGAGAGAAAAACUACGAUUUCUUACAUGUGUUUAAUGGAGUUAUGAUACUGGCAGAUUUCUUGAUUUAACGACACAAAUGGAUGUCACUAGCGAUGGUCAAGUUCUCCACGACGUCUGCAGUACUGAUCUGGGAAUUGACAAUGAUGCCUUGGAGAUACAGACACUGGAGCAGUACAUUUCGGAAGCAGAAUAUCUUGGCCUAAAUUUGACAGAUGAACCAAUCCAGGCAUUAGCGUUUUCCAGUGGGCGACCUCAUGACACAUCACUGCCGGACCCAACCUUGACGAGGGUGGGGCUACGCCCAGGGCUCCAUCAGCCCCACCCCACCCAGCAGCUGGCCUACUGCACAGAGGCUAAUGGGGUUGUAGGUUACACCUCCCCACACAUUAAUAUGCCCCUGCCGGACAGUCCGCCCGAGUCCGAGGGUUCCGAACCGUACUCUCCUCCUGAUGGUCACAGACAUUUACACAUUCAAGAUUCCAAAUCCAGCCUGGCCAAUGGGAUGAGUGGUUUGUCCCAAGUGCAGUCCCAAGUUCCAGCUCAACCUACCCCACAACAGCAGCACAUGUAUUCACCCCACCACCGACAGCAUCCUGCUCCCCACACUAAAGGUUUUACAAGUUACCUGAGCAAUGAGCCACCCAAACUCAACCAUCUGCCCAGCAGCACCCAGCCAUCCUCAGCGGGGUUACAACAGAUGCCUCAUCAUUACAUUCACCCUCCAAUCCUACCACCUCAUUACAACACUGCGGGGCUCCCUCAGCAGCAGGCUGCCCCACCCCAGCCACAGCCUAAAAAGAGGAAGCAUUCAGACUCCCCCAAUAACACGGUCACAGGCUCCAUGCUGAGUGCCAUGAAUGGCGUCUUACCAAACAUCAAACAAGAACCUCCAGGUUAUCUCCCUGACUGUGAUGAUGACUACAGUUCUUAUGACAUGGGCGAUUCCCCAGGCAGCUUUCUGGAUGGUACCUACCAGGUCAUCAAAUGGCAGGCCUUCCAGCCCACAAAGUGGUCUAACUUGUGUGAUGAAAACUGCAAAGAACUCCCCACUCCCAGCUAUAGAGUGGACGCAGACAAAGGUUUUAACUUCUCGGUACCCGAUGAAGCCUUCGUCUGUCAGAAGAAGAACCAUUUCCAGGUGACAGUACAGAUGGGGAUUGCAGGUCACCCCAAGUAUGUGAAAACACAAGAUGGCAGCAUUAAGAAAGUGGAUAAUUACUUUCUGCAUUUCCAUGGGAUCAAAAUGGAGUCCCCAAGCCAGCUGAUAAAGAUUGAGCAGUCACAAUCAGACCGAAGCAAAAAAGCAUUUUACCCUGUGAAGGUGGAUUUACCAGCUGACCAGUUCACGAAGAUCACAGUUGGAAGAUUACACUUCAGUGAAACCACGUCCAAUAACAUGAGAAAAAAGGGGAAGCCUAACCCUGACCAGCGUUACUUCAGACUAGUUGUCUCCCUUCAUGCUCACAGUGGGGACCAGUCUUGGUGUAUUGCCUCGCAUGUGUCUGAGAGGAUCAUUGUCAGAGCAUCAAAUCCUGGUCAGUUUGAGGGAGAUGUGGAUGUAUUGUGGCAGAAAGGUCACACAAAUGACUCGGUGUACCAUGUGGGACGUGUUGGGGUCAAUACAGACCAUCCUGAUGAGGCAGUCACUGUACAUGGCAACUUGAAACUGACAGGUCACAUUAUCCAGCCCUCUGACAAGAGAGCGAAGGAUGAUAUCACAGAGGUGGAUUCCAAGGAGCAGUUACGGAAUGUGUCCCAGAUGCGCAUCUAUAAGUACCAGUACAGUGAGGAUUUUGCCGUACAUGCUGGCCUGGAGGAAGAGGACCGUGGUGACACUGGGGUUAUAGCCCAGGAGGUGUUAGAGGUGCUGCCUGAUGCAGUACGUGAGACUGGGGAUAUCAUGCUUCCUAAUGGAUCACGUAUAGAAAAUUUCCUCGUGGUCAAUAAGGACCGGAUAUUUAUGGAGAACGUAGGGGCAGUAAAAGAAUUGUGUAAGCUGACGGAUAAUCUUGAGAUCCGUAUAGACGAACUUGAGAAAAUGAACACUAAGCUUGCCAAGUUGAAGAGAUACGACAGUUUGAAAUCCACAGUUAGCACCAAGUCAGGCUCCAGCAUGAGUACAGUACGGGGAACUCUGUCGGCCUCAGGGAGGAAGUCUAAUCAGAAGAAGGCCCCAGCAACUCCCCAGACCAGAGAGAAAAACUGGUGCAGUAACAAAUUCAUCCAGAUCACCAUCAUCGCCCUUAUCCUUAUCAUGGCCUUUUGCCUAGUCUCCAUCACUGUGCUGUAUAUCUUAGAACGGCACAAGGCCCCGUCUUCAGCUGGCAGUGUGAAGCAAACACACAAUCCCAUACAAACUGGUCACACAUUGAAUCCAUGGCCCCAUUCAUCAACCACCACGACCAGAGCCACCCCGGGCGGGGGUACCUCACCCCAUGAUUCAAUAGCAGGAGCAUCAUCAAAAUCAACUUCACCCUCCUUCUCUCCAACAACUAAGAAACAAAGUUAUAUGCCUUUGCCAUCUGGCUGUGUUGAGGGGUGUGAAAAUUUCUGCUGUCCAGCACCCCAGGAAGAUCAGCCUGGCCCAGACAGUCGAUUUGCAUUUCCCGAUGCUAACAGAACUGCUGCCAAAUCUGGACCGGGUCCUAGUGUGUCACCCACAUAUGAAGUUGGCACUACCCAGCCCAUGAAGGUUGCAGUAGUGACUCUUCCCAGUGAUAACCACCAUCCAGUGGUAGUUGUCAACAACAACCCACCUUACAAUGUUGUGGGUCACAUCAACAGAAACUACCUCCUUAGGCGGCGAAAGAGGGAUGAAAAUAACGUACCGGUGGAUAUCCGAUUUGAGAGGUUGAAUUACACAGUCAAGUGUGAAGCUUGCAGGGACUGUCAGAAUAACUUCACCUGUCACAUCCCAGUCAGCAAGACCUUCAACCCCGAGAUUGAGGUCACCCUCCAGUUCAGUGUGGAAGGACAUUACACAGUGUCCUUGUGUGAUCAUUCAUCAGAGAGAGCUUGUGGGACGUCCAGAUCAGACUUCAUCAAUACCCCGCCUGACAUUUCCGAUGGUGCACAGCAAACCACUGUGGCAUGGAAAGUUCGAGCGGGAUAUAACUUCAGAUCACAGCUGAGAUUUCGUGUUUCAACAUCGGAGCAGCCAUGUACAGCUUUGCCAGGAAGAAGUGAACCUUUCCUGGAGUACAACCUGAUAUUCACUCGUCAACCAUGUGACUCACACACGUCAUAAACCGUCUAAAUCAAACUCGCAUCAAAAUGAAACUGCUGGCUGGAUAGUGUAUGAAAGGCUCACGACAGGUGAAUCAUAGCCCAGCAUCAUUUAGCUCUGAACAAAGUGGAUGUGCCUUUGAGAAUAAGAACUCUUGUGCUCUGAAAGGGAAUGCCAGCAUGCUCGCUUCCUGUUUCUGUGUCUAGGUUUGUAAAUCAUGUUGGAUAAGCAUCAAAUUUUGUACAUUUGCUACCAUUUUAAAGGUGUAUGGUUCACAUGCCAUGUAAAUAUAAUUUCACUGAUAGAACCAUAUGAUAUAUUUUGUUGUUCAUGUGAUCUUUUGUUUUUUGGAGACAUAAAUUAUGUAAUUAAGACACCAUAUCCUUAAUCCGGUGUCAUUAAGAAUUUGUUUUCAUUGUAUUAGAACUCAUCAUAUGUUGACUUUAUUACCCUCGAGAUGUAUUCUGUGUAAAUGUAAACACGUAUAUAUGUCUAUGAUUCGCAUUCCACAAGUAUGUCAGGGUUCAUUGCAAACAGAGUAUUACACUUGCUUUUCUCAUCAUUUACUCAUUAUGUUGAAGAUUAGUUGUUUGAAGUAGUGAAAUAUGUGACCGUUUACGUAGUACUGUAAUAUUCAGGUAAUUGCUGCUGUGUCAAACAAUAAGCAUUUAGAAUGUGGAACGGUGUGUGUAAAAAUGUUGUUUUGUUGAAGAGAUGCAUGUCCGUAAAUGUUGAAAAGUUGAAAUUGGUGAAACCACAGCUGGCUAUAUUUCAACUCCUCAAAACGGUUUAGACUACACUUGGAGCAUGCCAGUGUUUUGAAGAAAGGCUGGAAGAGUUAUAUACAUUUAGUUUCUGCAAAAAAAAGCUUUUAUAUCACAUUUGUUCCCCAUUCUGUAUGUGUAGAGUGCAUGUAAACUUUAUUUGUAGUAUAUGAUGUUUAGUAACACGUAUGGCUAGCAGUGAAUGGUGCUGGACUAUGACCUGUAUACUCUGGCUGUCUAAGCGUGAUCAGAUAGUGCUAUUAAUACUUACACUUUGGAGAAUUACAUGUCAAGAUAUUCUUAAGACAUAAGAAUGGUAGAUUAUUGCUAUAGUAUUUAUAUAUUUUGUAUGAUAUUAAUAUUCUGUAAUUUCUUUCUAUGUUGAUGAGGUGGUUAAGAAGGGAAUUGCAAGUUUACGUCAAGUGUAAGAAAGAUAGUGUUUUCAAGUUUACAAUUCAGCAAAACACUUCCUGGCCAUUUUGAUGUUAAAUACUGAGUAGACUACCAGAAUUUCUGUGUGAUCACAUGACCAGUGAUGGAGGACUCAGUUCACGUGAAAUGAAUCUACAGGCACAUUUUGUCAAAAAUAUAGGACCAUUUCUGGCCAUUUCCUUAAUGACUAAAAAGCAAUUUUAAACAGUGUUCUCAGUCAAAUGUGUUUAGGGUUGUUGUGGUUUGUGUACUGUUUAUGUACAUGUAGAUGCAUGCACCAGGUAAGUUAGAUUCUAGAAAGCAUUAACACAUUAAAGUCAGUGGACAUUUAGUUACUAAUCCUCUUACUAGUUUCCUCAGUAGUUUGUUAUCUUCAGUUUGUGUUGUGCUUGUAUAUAGGCGUGUGUGCGUUGAUUUUUAUGUGAUGUGUAAGGUCACAUAUUUUAUUCUUUUCAGAUGUGUUACUUAUGCUUACUCAGUUUUACAUAUGUUAACUAUGGAGUAUACUCUGUUUUAAGACUUUGAAAAUAGGCUGUUUGUAGAUACAUUGCUUCCUAUGAUAGCAAAGUUUUCUGCCCCGAUCAAAAAGUAAUAUUUUUAUCCGCACUAUUUGAACUCGUCAUGGUGACAAAAGACUGUUGAUAGUUCUUGAUAUUAGAGUGUGUCCUUUUAUAGAUGUAAAUGAGAUUCGGACCAAACAACAGAACUCAUUUCCAUACGAAUGUCUUAUUGGAUCAAAUAACUCCCAGACUCUAACAAGAAUUACUCAUUUUCUCAAGGCAGUAUUUUUGCAUAAUUAGUGUUAGAAAUUGGUUUGCUGAUAUUAUGGUGACUGUGAGAUUGUUUAAGACAGCUGUACUUAGCCCCAAGCUUGGGUGCUGACUUUUCUUCUGUAACUUCUGCGACCCCAUCUGCCCAAUACUCGGAGGACUGUUGUGCUGCAGUGGGGGGGG